AUGAAGGUUCUCCUCUUCUUAAGCAACUUCCUUUCUACCUCCAGCUGGCUUCAGCAUUUUUUUAAUAUAUUCAGCCAUUUCGCCCAGGGCAAACGCAAGACAUCACCGGACAUCUACCCAGGGGGCACCCAGCCAUCUUCCUGCAGCCCGCAAGUCGCUCGAGACUUAGCCUCCCGCCCAAAGCUCCGCUCCUUCUCUGAUUGGUUCUCCCGGGGGCCUUCGGCCAAUGGGGAUGACGUAUUCAGGCAGACGUGGGCCGAGAGCUGGGAGGAGGAAGGACGUCGGCCCCACGACGAAGCGUGCGCGAGGGCAGCGGCGCGCGCGGUGUUGUGGCGCGGGGCCGCGUGGACUCAGGCCGUGGCUGUCACCACUGCCCAGUGCAUGUGGGUGCCAGGAUCAGCAGCACCACGAGGGCACCAAGGGAGUGACUGCAAAGCCCGUGUGGUCGGAGGUGGCGAAACCUUCGCGCCAAGAGGUCUCUCAAAGGAGUUGGGCCGGGGCGCCCAGCUUUGCAGGGCCUUCCCUAACGCCCUGCUUUCUCCUUCAACCCCAGUUCCUUCGCUUCUGGACGAAGAAGGGAAUCGCUCAGGCCGUUGGCCCACCUGCGCUGCGCUGCUUUGCUCAAACUGUUGGCAGGAGGCUAGACAUUGGAAUCUGAUCCGUGAAAACCUAGGUUCAUUAGGUACUACCAACAUGUGCUCUCCUGCCAGUUCCAAAAUCUUAUACAGGAACCCUCGAUUUCUCCGGUUAGCAUUUCUGCAGCUUCAUCACCAGCAGCAGAGUGGUGUGUUUUGUGAUGUCCUUCUGCAGGCAGAAGGUGAGGCAGUUCCAGCCCACUGCUGCAUUCUGUCAGCCUGCAGCCCCUUCUUCACAGAACGCCUGGAACGGGAAAGGCCAGCUCAGGGUCGGAAGGUGGUGCUGGAACUGGGGGGCCUGAAAAUCAGGACACUUAGAAAGUUGGUGGACUUCCUGUAUACCUCAGAGAUGGAAGUAUCUCGAGAAGAAGCCCAGGACGUGCUUUCUGCUGCGCGGCAGCUCCGUGUGUCUGAGCUAGAAUCUCUUCAGUUAGAGGGUGGAAAGUUAGUGAAGGCCCCUCAAGGCCGAAGACUGAAUCGAGAGUGCUUACAACCACCAAGUGCUGCACCAAUCUCUGCCAGAGUGGUGGCACCCAUACGCCGCCCACGAACUCCACUGCCUGUUACUCAGACUCCUUGUCCUCUUGGGGCAGUUAGGUUGAAGUCUUUGGGGAAAGAGGAAGGUCCCCAGGAAAAGGGCAACCGACCAAAUGCUGAGAACUUGUCAGGCACUCUUCUGCUCAAGAGGAAGGCUAGAGCCUGCCUGACUCCCCAAGAGAAAAGCUCUCCUCCUUCAAGCCACAGUCAGGGACUUAAGGAAAACAAGGAUGACUCUGUCCUUGGUCCUACAGCAGUUUCCCCACCCAGCUUGUACCCCGCUGUGGAUGAGCGAUUGUUGCCCAGAAAGAUCAGGCUAAGUCGCUCAAAGCCAUCUCCUGAUGUCUGUACAUCAAAGCCUAGCAUUUUAAGUGGGUCCAGCACAGUGCCCACAGCCCCUGGCCGGCGUCUUUGGCGGCAGAGAAGUAUAAAUAAAGAAGCACCAGAGGACAAACAGAAGCCAGGAAGAGCUAGUCCUCUACAGAACACCCCAAGCCCAUCUGGUCUUGGGAAGGCAGGUGGGAAUAAGAAGCAGAGCCCUGAAGUCAGAGCACCCAACUCAGACUCUGCAGAGGAAGGGCAGAUUGGGAGAGUAAAACUUCGGAAGAUUGUAAAUGGGACCUGCUGGGAGGUGGUACAGGAUCCUCCCCUCAAAAAUUCUCAAGAUAGCCCCCAGAUCCCAGAUCCCAGGAGAGACUUAGAACCUCCAGGGGCUCAGCUAUCCUCAAUUAAUGAGCAGGAAAUGCCAUCUACUAAAAUAGAACUCUGUCAGGACUCUCCAGUCUCUAGGCUACAAGACUUUCUGCUCUCUGUUAGCCACUCCCCAGGCCACUCUGUGGUGAAGUCAGAGUUUGGGUCUAGUCCAGAGCUGGUAGGGAAGGAACCCAUGAUGAAUAUUGACUGCAGAGAGCCAUAUGCAUUUGAUACAGCUCUGCUCAGGCAGCCCUGUGAAGCUGAGGAAUACCGAAUCACAAGUGCUGCAGCCACCAGUGAGCUGGAAGAGAUCCUUGACUUUAUGCUCUGUGGCUCAGACAUUGAGCCACCUGUUGGGUCUUUGGAGAGUCCUGAGGUUGAGGGCUGCAGAACCCCUAGUUAUCACCUGACAGAAACAGGAAAGAACUGGAUUGAAGGGGAAGAAUGGUGUUUACCAGACAUGGAACUCUGGCCCAGAGAACUCACAGGAUUGGAAAAGGAACCUGUUAGUGAGAACAAAGAGCCAAUUGAGCCCUUUAGUCCCCUUGUCAUGCCUUCUGAGAACAAAGAGCCAAUUGAGCCCUUUAGCCCCCUUGUUAUGCCCUCUGAGGUGAGUGAAGGAGUGCUUUCAGUGGGAGACUCUUGGACUCCACAUCUUGAAAUUACCAACUCCCAGCCACUGGAUGAUCAGGGAGACAAACUUCUCCAUAUUGACUCCCCUGACCCUUCCCAAAGAUCUUACAGGGACCUCUCUCCUCCAUGCUCAAACUGGGCAGAGACUGAGCUAGACGUGUCCCUAACCAUGGAUGAGGAAUUAUACCCUGCUCCAGAGGCCAGCAAGGAGGCAUUUGAUAACUCUGAGUUGCUGGGCCCACUUCCUGACAGCUCUGAAGAUGAGGAAAUUGAUGUGGUGGACUGGACAGCAGAGGGGAGGCUGGGGCCCGCUAGUGUUCCCUCUGUGUGGCCUGAUCCUUCCUCAGAGUCAGAAACAGAGGUAGAUAUACUAACGUAG